CUGGAAUUAAACACGAACCCCCAAACCUUCCCAAACUGCCGUCCCUGCCUCGCUUCGCCUACGUAUUCGGAUCCAAACGUGAUUAGAGUCCUUGGGGAGACAUAGACGGUGGAUGCGACUAUGCAGCAUGGCGGAACGUGGGGUUGCGGGCCCCAACAAGGAGGAGGGUAAAAUGUCAGGGCAUGGGGACAUGUAAAAGGACGUCAGUGCCCACGAUCAUACGAGGCCCGUGUUCUCCUUUCGCUAUUCCUACGCUCCGAGUAAGAGCAUACGGGAACACUAGGAGGCGCGUGUCUGAUAAGUCAAGGUCCAGUAUGGCUCGCAGUAUCGUGACAGCCAUGGCGCUGUCGGGCUCCCUUGGGAUGGCAGCGGCCGCCUCACAGACAUGUAGUCAGGUCGCGAGUCUGUAUCCGGACAUCCCGGUCGACUUGCCGCUGUCGAUUGACUACACCACGGCGCAGACCGAGUACUGGUCAACGUCCUGUGGGGACCUCAAGCCGGACUGCAUCCUCACACCGACGUCGACGGAGCAGGUGGCCCAGAUUGUUCAGGUCCUUUUGUCCAACAAUGACACGUUCGCCGUCAAGUCAGGAGGACACAACCCAAACAAUUACUUUGCUAGUGUGGCCGGCGGACCCCUGAUCUCGACGAAAUUGCUCAAUGAGGUCGUGUUGGACAAUGUCACGGAAACAGUUAGAGUCGGUCCUGGAAACAGAUGGGAUGACGUUUCUGGUGCACUGGACGGGACUGGUUAUACAGCGGUCGGCGGGAGGAUUGGAAACGUUGGGGUUGGAGGCUACCUGCUUGGAGGCGGACUUAGUUUCAUGAGCACAGAAUAUGGAUGGGCUGCGAACAACAUCCUGGAGUUCACACUCGUGCUUGCCAACGCCACGGUGCUCACCGUGACGGAGGAUACUUAUCCCGACAUCUUCCUGGCCCUCAAAGGCGGCGGUAACAUCUACGGCAUUGUGACCUCGUACGUCUUACAGGCCCACCCACAGGGACAAGUAUGGGGUGGAAACCUCUGGUUCGACGCCAACGACGAGACGACACCCAAGAUCCUCGCGGCCCUGCGAGACUUUACGGAACACUACCCGGACGAGAAGGCGGGCAUCAUCCUGACGGCGGAGCGCACACUGGGGACGCUGCUCGACAUCUGGAUCCUGUUCGUGUACUACAACGGGCCGACGCCGCCGGUGGGGGUGUUCGACAACUUCACGGCCAUCGCGCACACGCUCGACACGACCAAGACGCAGAGCAUAAACGAGCUGCUGAGCGGCAACAACUGGGCCGUGGUCAAGGGCAGCGUCUACACCAUCGGCACCGAGACCACGCCGCUGCCGGGCGAGGCCAGCGGGGCCGAGGUGCUGGGCGCAUACUACGAUACCUGGGUCAACGUCAGCAACACGGCGGCCCUGGUGCCGGGGGUCAUUGCUAGCAUCGCGUUCCAGCCCAUGCCGAAGCGGAUUGCGCAGAUUGCGAGGCAGAGGGGCGGGGAUCUGCUGGACUUGGACGACGACGUCGACCGGAUUGUGCUCGAGCUGGACUACAGUUUCUUGUUCAACAGUGACUACCCGAAGAUAGAUCAGACGAUGCAGGACACGUACAACGGACUGAAAGCGGCGAGGGAGCGGUUCCAAGGGCAGGGGAAACUAGACGCGGAUGCUUAUCUGCCUCUUUUCAUGAAUGACGGCUUCUAUCGACAGGACUAUUUUGGUAGACUGAGAGAGGAGAAGAAGGAGCUUGCUGCGAGUGUGAGGGACGAAUUAGACCCAGAUGGUUUGUGGAAGAAGAGAACGGGUGGGUUCAAGAUUCUGAACUAGUCUAACCUAUAGGUUAGUCAGUCUCGAACGACUCACCGUUAGACUUGCAGUAUGUAGAGUUCAAACCAUUGAUUAAUUAAACUACGGUUAGACUAGAGA